AUGCAAGCACCAUCAGCAUCUUUGUCGGCGAGCGCGAGCAGCGGGUCGCUAGCACCCCCCCCGGGACUGCCGCGCAGCAGCUCCACGGCCGAGCUGGUCGCGCUCGGCUUCGACCCGUCCGGGGGAAUGGAAGGCGGCAACGAUCUCAACAGUAGUGACGGCGGGGGCGGGGGGGCAGGGUACGACCCCCGGCCACCAGCCAUGAGCGGGAGCGGCGGCGGCGGCGGCGGCGUGGGAGGCGGCCAUGACGCUGGAGACAUUGGUGGAAAAAAUGACGGCACCGGCGGUACUGGGACGGGAUCGGCGGGAGGCAUGGGGCUUGGGCUGAGGAACCACUCGCUCACCAACCUGGCCAACAUGGUGCGAUCGCAGUCGGUGUCCUCCUUCCACUCAGAAAUCUUCGCCUCGGGCGGCAAGCCGGUUGGGUCGGCCGCCGUCGAGUCCCCGGCGUGGGGGUCAUACCCUGCUAACCUCGACAAAAUGGGUAGCGGGGGCGGCGGCGGCGGCGGCGGCGGCGGGGAGGACAUAUUCACGCUCUCCCCGUCCCCGUCCGUGGGCCCACGAGGCGCAGGCCGUGGCGCGCUGCCGAUGCGCCCUCCUACGGGCGGCGGGGAUAGUGAUGUUGUCGGCGGGACCGGUGCCGGUGCCGGUGCCGACCUGUCCCCCCAGCAGUUCGCGGGAAGGGGCACCGCGGCUAGGAGAGAGGUGGUGGACCGAGGGAUGUCGGCGGCGGCGGCGGCGGCGGCGGCGGCGGCCGGCUCCACGAGGACGUCCCAGCGGCGACCAAUGGGAGGAGGGAGUUCCUUUGAUCCAAGGGGCAUCGUUCCUUCCGGUCCUGGCAGGAGCGGAGCUCUUCCGGGCGGACGGGCCAUGGUGCACAACCGGUCGGACACCGACCUCGUGGCUUCCUUCUCGCGGUUUGGGUUCGGCCAGGGCGGGGUGUCCCGCUGGAGUCCUCUCAUGUCUCCCACCGCUAGCCCGCUCGUGGGCGCGCCGCUGCUGGAGGAAGACCCCCUGGACCUUGAACUCGAGGAGAACGCAUCCCGCGGUGCUGGUGCUAGUGGUGGUGCUGGAGGCGCCGCGGCAGACACGUUCGGCCCACCGUCCUCUUUCCUGACGUCUCAUGGAAGGAGGGGUCUGAUGGACGGCCAAGGUGCUGCCGGUGAAGCGCCUAGUAUGGAGGUGAGGUUGCCACGCCAUGCCUCCUAUCCGUCUCUCACGGUGUCGCGCGGUGGAGGUAGCGGCGGUGUCGGUGUCGGUGGCGGCAGCGGCAGCGGUGGAUAUGGCAUGGAAGACUUGGUGCACGGAGCCUUAGAGCACCUCACGGCCGGGGACAGCGCUACGGGGGGCGCAGGUGAUGGAAGCGGCAGUGGCGGGGGAGGAAACGGAAGCGGGCUGGCGUCGGGAGGCAUGAGCAGCGGCAGCCUUAGCGGGAGCGCGAGCGGCAGGAUUAACGGCAGCAGACUAUCCGGAGCGGCCACCAGCCAGACCCAGACCUCCUCGGCCGUCAACGGUGCGGGCGGCGGCGACUCGACCACUAUGGUGGCGCCCGGUGCGCUGGGCGGCGGGGCGGGCUACACGUCUAGCCCCGGCCACAGCCCGGCCUCGGGCUCCCAAGGGCCGCCGCAGGGGUUGGGCCGCCAGAACCCGCGACAGCAGCAGCAGCAGCAGCACCAGCAGCAGCAGCAGCAGCAGUGGUCUCACCACCCGCAGCACCAGCAGUCUUACGACCACGGGCGCGGUGGGGUGGACGGGGUGAUGAUGCGGGAUGGAAGAUUCGUCCCUUCGGGAGACGGGAGCGGUGGCCACCCGGGGAUGAUGUACGGAGAUGUUGGGGGGUACGGGGGCGGUGGAAUGGGCGGGGGCGGCUACGACGGCAUGGGCGGGGGGGGGGCGCCUGGCGGGAUGAUGGAUGUACCAUGGGGGGGGCAGGACCCCGUUGCAGUCUAUCAGGCUCUUUUGAUGAAGCAGAGCCUGGCCGCCGCGCAUGCGUCGGGUAUGCGCUUCCCGCCCAAUAUGCACAUGGCGGCGGGGAAUGGCAUGGGGAUGAACAUGGUUGACGUGGCUGCCCUCGCAGCGGCGGCCCAGGCGGCCUCUGCUACUCCCGGAGGGCGUGGCGGAUACAGCGGCGGGGGCGGCGG